AAUGCUGAGAGGAGGAGGGCAACUCUGCACGUCCUUCACCUGGUUUGAAUCUCAUAGUGAAGAUUCCAGAAUUUUUAUCCCAAGACGAUUUCCAACAGCUGUCAAGAAAAGAAGCAGAAGUCACCUAAUGACAGAACUAAGUCAAGAUCACAAGCUACAUGCCUCCAACCUUGACCCAGCUGAUACAGAUCAGGUGGUGACAAUAGAAGCUGCCCCAGUCUUGGUCCAUGAUGUACGCACCAGUUGAAUUUUCAGAAGCUGAAUAUCCACGAGUUGCAUAUCAAAGAAGACAGCAAUUUUGGGACCCUAUCAGGCUCGCUCUUUUUACCUUGGCAAUUGUAGCAAUCAUAGGAAUUGCAAUUGGUAUUGUUACUCAUUUUGUUGUUGAAGAUGAUAAAUCAUUCUAUUACCUUGCCUCUUUUAAAGUCACAAACAUCAAAUACAGAGAAAAUUAUGGAUUGAAAUCCUCAAGAGAAUUUACAGAAAAAAGUUAUCAAAUUGAAAAAAUGAUGUCUAGGAUAUUUCGACACUCUUCUGGAGGAGGUCGAUUCAUCAAAUCUCAUGUCAUCAGAUUAAGUCCAGAUGAACACGGCGUGAACGUUCUCAUGGUGCUCAUGUUUCGGUACCCGUCCACUGACAGUGUGGAGCGAAUCAGGAGGAAGGUGGAAAGGACUUUAUACCAAAGUCUGAAGACCAGGCAGUUGCUUUUUACUAUAAGUAGGCCAUCACUUAAACUCACACCUAUUGACAGUAAGAAGAUGAGGAAUCUUCUCAACAGUCGCUGUGGGAUAAGGAUGACACCUUCAAAUGUACCACUGCCGGCAUCCUCCUAUACCAUGAGGAUUGUGCAGGGACAGGAGACGGCCAUGGACGGAGAGUGGCCGUGGCAGGCCAGCCUGCAGCUCGCAGAUGCGGGCCACCAGUGCGGAGCCAGCCUCAUCAGCAACACGUGGCUGCUCACAGCAGCUCAUUGUUUCCGAAGGAAUAAUAACUCAAGUCAGUGGAUUGCUACUUUUGGCACAACUAUAAUACCACCUGCAGUAAAACGAAAUGUGAGGAAAAUCAUAGUUCACGAAAACUACCAUAAAGAUACAAAUGAUAAUGACAUUGCUUUGGCUCAGCUGGCUACCCGAGUUGAAUUUUCAAAUGUAGUUCAGAGAGUUUGCCUCCCAGAUUCAUCUAUGAAGUUGCCACCCAAAACAAGUGUAUUUGUCACAGGAUUUGGGUCCAUUGUAGAUGAUGGACCUACACAAAAUAAGCUUCGUCAAGCUAGAGUGGAGACCAUAGGUACUGAUGUGUGCAACAGAACGGAUGUGUAUGACGGUCUGAUCACUUCAGGGAUGUUGUGUGCCGGCUUCAUGGAAGGGAAAGUAGAUGCGUGUAAGGGAGAUUCUGGUGGACCUCUGGUGUACGACAAGCAUGAUAUCUGGUAUAUUGUUGGGAUAGUAAGCUGGGGACAGUCAUGUGCUCUUCCUAAAAAGCCUGGGGUCUACACAAGAGUGACUAAGUAUCGAGACUGGAUUGCUUCAAAGACUGGUCUCUAGCAUGGGUGGUUCAUUAUUUACAUCCAUGGCUUGCAGAGCUGAAACUCCUCAUCUUGUAUAUUAUUUAAAUUCCUAUGUUUGGAAUUGUUGCUUUGGCUAGAUGUCAAAAAACUGUUCAGGACCAGACCAGUACAAUAUAAUGCAGCCUUUGUGUACAAAUGACCAAACUCUCCCUAUGACAUGAUGAAGAAGACACAGCAAGUGACAGGUAGCACUAAUUCUUCAUCCAAAAGAGGAACCAAGGUACUCAUUAAUAAAUAAAUGCCUGAAGAUACCUUGCCUCUGUGGGAGAUGAGGACCAUCAUUUUUCACAGGCUGUGAGGAGCUGCCAAGCUGUCACAGUCUUAGCUCAUGCAAUAUCUGGGGCACCUAGGAUUCUUCUCGUGAAAAUCAAACAACAGUCUUUCCUGAAAGUUUGGGGCUUCAAUACUUUACAACUGAAGAGAGAACAUUUAAUGAAAAGAAUGGAGAAGCAUAUAAUCUUCGAUAUAAUUUGAACUCUCACCUGGGUUUAUAUCCCACAGUAUGGAACAUUAUCAUUCACCUCAGAAGUUGUCAUCUAUUUAAAUGUUUCUGAACUUGCCAUUAGCACCAUUAUUUACUUAAGCACUCAUGUCAGGAAGCGUGUUGUGUCACAAGAAGCACUUCUGAGUUCUUCUUUAACAGGAUCUGCCAUCCGUGCAUCAUUCCAGUCAUCCCCGCAAGAAGAAAAAGGAGACUCUUGGGAACAUUUUUCCAUUAGUAAAAGAAGGGUGAAAAACAUACUGGAUUGCUUGCUAACACAGUUGGUUGCAAAUGAUUACUAACAGGAAAGACUCUAAAUUUUUGAUGGAAGGAAUCAUCGAAUCACUUAAUUAGAAAUCUCUGUAUCAGAAGAUGACGAGUGGUGUUUUGUUAAGUUUGCAGCUCUCUUGUGUAAAACAUGCAACACAGAGCUGGAUUUUCACUAAGUGCUGAAUAGGUUACCAUCUGUUGUCAUGCUUUUCACAACAGAAAGCCUCUGGACUCACCUAUAACCCUCAAAUGUGAGACUUCAAUUUGUUGCUCUAACUAGUCAGAAAAAAAAAACUGGCCUAUUCAUUUCUUUAAUGAUUGAAGCUUUUGUGUCUUUUUACAUGCCUAUGUUUAUAUGCAAUUUAUUUAAACAAGAUAAAUAUAACUAAAAAUAUCCUUGUUGUUACAACUCAGUAAUAUACACAUAAAAGGCUCAAGCACACAUACUUCUUUUUUAAAAAGGAAAUUUCCCCAAAUUCUGAAUUAAUGACUUGUAAAAACUGGAGAUCAUCAAGAAAAAGAGAGUUAAAAACUUAAAUUCUUACAUUUACUUAAUUUAAAUUUUUAUGCCUAUAUAUAGCAAAGAAACAUCUGAACCUUUGCAAAGAAUAUUUAGUGCUUUCAAAAUGGGCCUGAGUGAUGUGGAUUUUUAUAUUAAAGUUAAUAAAAUCUCUUUUGGUAGAUACAGGAAAACAAAUCUGUCUACAAAAAUUACUUUUCCCUAUGCAAGUUGUAUAAUAAUGAUUACAGGAUUUUGUGUAAUUUUAUUUAUAUUUCAUAAGACUGUGAUAACUUUUUCCGUAAAAGAAUCUGUGAAACUGUUUAUAUUGAUUUAAUUAUUUCUCCUCACUUCCAUUCGGUGAUAGUUUAACACAAGUCAGAACAUUUGUGGUUAAAGUGCAUUGCCAACUUGAUUGGCUUUAGGAUCGCCUUAGCGGUGAUGGUGAACAUUCUAGAGAUGAGUGCCCAAACUGCAACACACAACCCACUUAUUUAUUGCAAAGUGAAAACUGUGCAAUUAAACCUGAAUACUGCGGUUUUAGUUUAGAAAAAGCAACUCACAAAUUAACAUCUUUUCUCUUAAAAGUUAAACAGCACAUGUGCUGUAGAUUUGCCUUACUUUUGGAUGUGUCCAGAUGGGCCCUCGAGGUGUAACCUUAGGACUUACAAACAGUCAUUUACAUUUGCUCUGUGCUGCUGUUGUCUUUGCUGCGUCCUGGGCAGCAUGACCUAAGCAAAUACCCUCUACUAUGCUCUUCCAUAUUGGUGUUUCUGCCUUGGAGCAUACUAACGAUGGACUAAACCCCUGGAAACCUGAGCCAAAUUAAGCUUCUCUUCCUUUAGGGUGUAGGUGUCGGUUAUUGUGUCCUAGCAAUGGAAAACUGACUAAUAUAAGAAACGUGUAAAAAAAAAAAUAGGGUCAUUGCUAUGACUAUGCUUGACCAUGUGAUUUAAAAGGCUUUAGAACUUGCUUGAAGGAGGUUCUGGGAAAAGUCCAGAUGCUAAAUGGAGAAGCCCUAGACUUCUGUUACCAGAAGCAGAUGGGUGAUCUCAGCGGUGCUAUAACCACAGUGCUGACAGAAAAGCAGGCAGCAAAGCCAAGGCUCAGGUUUCAGUUGGAAACAGGGAUUUCACUGACACCUUGAGUAGACCCUAUGUGUUUUGUACUCUGGCAAUAAAAAAAAGUGUGCCAUCAUUUUGCCCACAUCUUGCAACUUGGUGGGAGACUGAGAUUAAUGGUGAUAGACAAAUCGAUGUAGGACAGAAAAUUUGAAGACAUCUCAGCAUUCAGGCUGUCACAUGAGCACGGUUAGCUACUUUUAACCAGAUUUAUAGUGAUAAUUGAGAUCAAAACAUAAAGAAAAAUUUGAAAAACUUAAAACCAUGUGUAAACUUGGGGCCAAGAAGGUGUUCAAAAAAAUAGUAAUAUUAAAAAGAAACAGAUGACUUUGUAUAGGAAUAAAAACAAAAAUGCCUUGAGUCAUCUCAUAAUUUAGCAAGACUCCACCCAUCACAGGCACAGGGAUGAAAAAGUAUAAAUCUUUCCUUUAAGAAGACUUCUUAGGACCUUUGCUUGAGGAAGGACUUCCUGGGGAAUUGGUUCCCAGGAUUCAUUUCACUGAGUUCAGCCAUUCAGGCACCCAGAGGCUAUCACAGCAUGGUCUAAGGAGCCUGGCUGUUGCUUCUGCUAGCAGGAAACCUUGAGAUCAUCUGUGUGACGUUGAGUUUUACUGGAAAGCAGAAUACAGAAGCUAUGUAGUCAUGGAGGCUUCCACCCAGAUUUUAAAAAGAGGGCCAGGAAGGCCAGACAAUGAGCCUUCUGAAUGGUGACGUAGAGACAAAAGGAAUCUGGAGAUGUCAGGAACAUGGAACAUCUGAGGAAAUCACAAGCAGUGCACAGAAUCAGCCUAAGAGAAAAGACUUGUAGGUUGCAACCAACAAGGUCAUCAGGAUUGGGCCACCCAAACUCUCUGGCGAAUGUAUCUCACCAUUUGCUUUACAGGCUGGUUAUGGAGCUACAGGACUUUGCGUUUGCCCUGCUAAUUUUCAGUAUUGUUUGGGACUGAAAUUUUUCUCAUUCCAUAGUCUUCCCAUUUUGAAUCAGAAUGUUUACCUUCUACUAUUGUAUGUUGGGGUAUGUAACUUUUUGCUUAAACAAGGAUUCACAAUUAAGAAUUUGCCUUGUGUCUGAUAGGAGACUGGCUUGGACUUCAACAAUGCUGAGACUUCUGAGACUUAGGGAGAGAGAUUAUUGUAUUUCAGUUAUAGAUUGGACAGUUGUAUCAUAUUAGUCAGAACUAUUACCUCAUGUUUAUUUGGAAAUUAAGUAUAGUUUAAGCAGAUGUGUUUGAGUAUCAAGUUGAUGAAAGGUGGGAUGUGACAGUUAAGGUAGAUUGCUAAUUUAAUUGGGAUAUUUCCAGAGGAUUAUAAAGCACAUUUCUGAAUGUUUCUGGGUAGGUGAUAAAGGUCUGACUUUAGAGUAUAUAUCUGGUUCCUUACCUCUUUUUGGUGUUUUCCCCUGGUUUUACUCCCUCCUUGAUGUAAACUAAUCAUCUUUGCUUUGCUAUGCCUCCCCACCAUGAUAUUUCUGCUUCAGAACCAGCUGACCAUAACUGAAUUCUCUGAAACUAUGGGCCAAACUAAUCCUGCCCUCCUUUAAACUGUGGAUGCCAGUAUUGUGUCCCAGAAACAGGAAAGAAAACUGAUGAAUUCAGAAAAAUAAAUACAAAUAUUCACAAGGAAAUCUAAGCAAUGGAAAAUGGAUUUUUAAAAUCCUAUUUUCAGUUUGGCCUAUUAUUAAAUGGUGUUAUGGAAUCAUAUAAUAUUUUUAUUUCACAUUUUUCAUCUUUCAAAUGGGACAUUAAACUAUUUACCUCAUAGAGUUUUUGUGAGGCUUUCCAGAUGACUAGUGAAGUCAAAGAAUAUUUAAGACUUAAUCAAAACCGUAAGGUUUAUUGUAAAAUUGUAUCAAUACAAAUAAAUGUUGAAAAUACAUUAAUGUUAUAAAGAAGUUUUGCUUGUGGUUUAAAUUAAUCAGUAAAGACACAGUAGGUGUUACCUCUUAUGUGGAGACACUAUAGUAAUAUUCCUUAUUAUGUUUGUAGGAAAAAAGCCAAACAACAUGUCAGACUUUUCUUAGAGACAGAUCAAUUUUAUUAGACUGAUAGUAAUCAAAAGCAAAAUCUUAACAUAAUCUUAGUGGAAUUUUGGGUGCUGUAAGAACUAAAGAGUUAGUUUGUAAUGCCAGAAAAUGAUUGAACUAAAAAUCUUUGUUAACAGUUGGUUUCACUCAGUGAUACACUAA